AUGCUUGGCAGUCUAGAUUGUACGCAUGUGGCUUGGGAAAAAUGUCCAACUGCAUGGCGUGGUCAGUUCACUCGAGGAGAUAUAGGUGAACCAACUAUCAUCCUAGAAGCUAUUGCAUCUCAAGAUUUGUGGAUAUGGCAUGCCUUUUUUGGAGUAGCGGGGUCUAACAACGAUCUUAAUGUUCUUGGUCAGUCUCCACUUUUCAACGAUAUUUGGACCGGCAAAGCACCUGAUAUGACGUUCACCGUAAACGGGCACGCAUACAAAUAUGGUUACUACCUUAGUGAUGGGAUAUACCCAGAUUAUUCUACAUUGAUGAAGGCAUACUCGAUUCCUCGAAGUGAAAAAGCAAAAUUUUUUACAAAAAAACAGGAAUCGGCGAGAAAGGAUAUCAAGAGGGCAUUUGGAGUCCUUAAGCAAACAUGGCAUGUAGUGAAAUAUGCUACAUGA